AUGUCUAUAAGCCUGGAAGGAUUGAUUAGCUAUCUUAUUCGUGACAUUUCUUGCCACGGCGAGCUAGGUUGCUCCGUUUCGUAUGUGUUGACCAAGGUCCGGAGCCUCAGCCAUGACGGUCAGGACCCGGACAAGGCCGUCAUAAUAACCGUUGAGGAUGUAGCCAGCGGUCCCGAGCACUCCUUAUGUUCAGCUGUUUGGGAUUGGCUCAGGGUGCGAGAUGAUAUCUCUGUCGGCCCCGAGCGACGAUGGAAUCACCUCACCCUUGCCGAAAUUCUUGCACUACCCGAGAAUGUAUCCUCCUCCUCGGCAGAGUCUGCUACCGCUAAUCCCGGUCCUGAUCUGGCAUUCUCCAGUUUGCCCGGUCAUCAGGGGCAGCACGGUAAUCAAAGCGAAGGUUCCGACCCCAGCACGCCCCAAGAAACAGAAACACCAAAGCGCCCGAGACUGUACGCCAGCGAAGCGCGAAUGUGGGACUCUAUUGCCGGCCACCCCGCUGAUUUCAAGCGCAUAUCCAAGUUUGAAUGGGCGGCUCUGGUGGGCAUCGCCAGCACUAAGCACGAGGGAAUUCUGCAGAGUGAUCUAUGCCGACUUGUGGGCCAGGACAAGAGGUCACUCCCCAAGAGAACCGAUGCUCUUGCUCAAAAGGGCUACAUCCUGAAGCGCACGACGCUCGUCAGGGGCAUCAAGACGAGCAAGUUAUGGCUCCGCCGCUUUGCACCGAAGCUGCCCCCUGAUCCAACCAAGGUUGUCGACGGCGAAGCCGUUAGCACCCGUUUAGUUUUCGGACCUAUCACGCACGACAUGAACCCCGUCUCUUGGUGCGGCCGCUGGACAGGAAAAUCCAUUGACACUCACGCGUUUGCGAGGACGAGCAUAGAGGUUAUCAAGGAGUGGAAAGUCAUCCGCUACCAGGAUUUGCGGCGGAAGCUCGGAAUCGAGGGCCUCCCAUGGCAGAUGAAGUAUCAGGCCAAGCUGUGUCGCUGGAUGGUGCGGAGAGGCAUCGUUCAGUUUGUCGCCGCCACACUCGGAGACAGGCUUUUCAAGGAUUGCCUGAAGUAUGUACGCGAUUUUACCCCAGAAGAUUGGGAGAUUUACCUCAGAACCGGCAAAAAAACGGCUCAAGUCAUGCCCGGAGGCGAGGCACCCGAUCCAUACCAGCGGCAAAUCGCAGCCAUGUCUCGUGCGGGCGGAACAAGUUCAUCAAAUUCCGGGGGCCGGGGUAAAACUAGACGAGGACAGGGUGCCAUCGCUCCCAAAGACGCUUGGAGUCCCGAGAAACCCCUUUUAGUUGCCAUGAUGGACGUGAUCCGGGGCAAAGGGGUCAAAGGGGUGGCAAACCGGAUGAUUAGCGAGGGCACCAUCGGACCGCCAUUUUGUCGGUUUACAUCAGCUAUCACGACCACGCUUGCUUCACCUUCCCUGCAACCUCCGCAUCUUGCCCAUUUUCAAGUGGCCAGCCGGCUUGAGCGAGUGGAAAAAGCGAUGAUCUAUUUCUACUCCAUGCCACAUCUUACAAAGUCAGGAAGCAUCCUUUCCAUUGCUGCUGCCACUGACCAGGCCCAGCCGGAGCAGGCAUUGGCGACACCUGCCGCAGGCGAUGACGCUAUAUCGAACGAUGCUGGCCGGAAUUCGGAGGAGCACUUUCGGCCGCUCCUCCAAACGGAAUUGAUCGAAGACGCACUCAGUCUGACGGCAAUAUCCCUGGACGCCGGGAUCAAGCGCCCUCGGGAAUACACAAGACGAGAGGCUCAUACUAUCAGGAUCAUGAAGGAUGCGAUUGCACGGGUAGAUGGAGCCCAGGGCGUUGUAUCUGACGGUAAUCAAGAGGAAAAUGAAGCACAGCCGGCAGUCACGGGUGAUGCGAGUGAGGCGCAACCUCUUGUGGUCUUGGAACGUGGCGAAGAGCAAGAAGAGCGCAAUCAUGAUAAACGACGCCCCAAGACGCUCAUUGUUACGUUCAAGAUCAACUCUGCACGGCUUUCAUAUAUUCUUGAGCCUUCACGCAUCCCUCCUUCUGGGAACGCAACUGCUGUUGAUGAGGCUAACGGCCCAGAGGUGACUGCACAAGAGAGAGAUGAGACAGUCGGCCAACAGAAAAACGCCACAGUAGAAACCCCUGGUUCAGCGCCACAAAACAUCGACACGGAGGAGGUGACUGUCGCGACCGAAAACUCACAAGAAGCUUCGUCCCCUUUACCCCCUAUCCCGGCACCCGCCCGGCGAGGACGUCCAAGAAAAGCGGACAGCAAAGGCAAAGCAGAAGCAAAAGCCAGCAAUAAGAAAGGAGCCAAGCCUGGCGUGUUCAAGUGUGAAAAAUGCGGAGGAGUCUGGAAGAACGACAAUGGUCUGAAGUAUCACUUGGAGAAAUCCUCCUCGACCUGCAACUCGUCUUAUGUUCCACCACCCCCGAAGACGUCGCGACGAAGAAGGCCAAGUCCUUCUCCACCUCCACCUCCACCUCCACCGCCUCCCAAUGCUUCCGAGAUGCCCCUGGCUGAACUUACUCCGAGACGACCUGUUCGAGCAGCUGCAAAGAGAGCCGCUCUGGAUACUACUGAAGCGUCUGUUAAGACGACCAAGCAGCUCACGAGGGUACCACACAGCGUCCACGACGCGCCUUUGAUCGCAAGGGUGACACACCGUCGAUAUGCCGAGGUCACUAAAGCCAAAACGUCGUCCGUUAUUGGCAAGGAUGGCCCCGGAAUUUCAGACGAACCUGCCAAGCAAGAAGGGCCAGAACCCUCACUUGAAAUUGAGUGUUCCGCCGGCGGGCUGAUCUCUUCGUCGACUGCAUUGGCCAAGGACGUAUUGCUGGGGCAGAGGCGGCCACUGCUGAAGUCUGUACGGGCAGAUUUGCGCGGAGACAUAUCGCGGGACACCGAUUUUACGCACAGGCGACAUUUGACUCCCAAUGAAGCGGACUUGACUUCAGUGACUGGAGCUCCUCAGCCUUCUACACCUGUGCCCAAGACGACAGAUAGUGCAUGGUCGUUUUCCCAACCCGAAGACUUGCAGCCGAGGCCGGAGCUCUAUGCUGAACAACCGAGUUAUAUCUCUGUCCCUGGUUUCGAGAUGUCGCAACCUUAUGAGCAGAUGGAUACACAUGGCUAUCGCCGGAAUUCCCAACCCCACUGUGUGGCCGAGAUCGUCUUGUAUCUGAUAUAUGCAAACCAAGGCGUGUUUCCCGGAGGUCGCUCCAUUUGGGUUGCCAUACUCUCUAUCUGGGAAACAGCCUUCCCCGACAAGCCGCACCCAAGUUAUAGCAGCUCGCAACUCGUCGUCUCCAGACUUGUCGAGCGGAAGCAAAUCACCAGAGUCACUCACGCUUUUCGGGACUCGAAAGGCAUGUUCAAAUACUGCUACGUUCUUUUGACGCCCGGCAUUGACCCCCUUUCACCUCCUGCUGUCGCAAUCAAAGAGCGGAUCAUCGCUCAAUACCCACAAACCUAUGUCCCGCCAGGUUUCGUUCCCUUGUCUGGGAUGCCGGACGGCGACAACUUCUACGACGACCUGGACGAUAAACAUGCGCGGCCCGGCCGGCAGAGAACUACGAGAGACAUUGAAGUCCUGGAUGCUCCGUUCUACGCCAAAAGAAGAGUUGCCAAGAGGAAGCCAGGCGUUGUGGGACCUGAGGUCAUGUCCCCGAGCAAACGGCCAAGACAAGAGACUCCUAAUACACCUAGAGAGCAAGACAGGCGACGUGACGUCUUUAGGGUGCUUGUAGGGGAGCCUAAAUACGGGGCAAACCAAAAGCCUUCAUUACCACGACAGGAAACGACGAACACGUUCUUGAAGCUCACGUUUCUGGAACCUAAUCAGUUUUUGGGGGACGGAGGACCAGAGGAAUCCUCGUCGGAAGGGGAAGAGAGUGACCUGGGAGAUGGGCUCCAGAAGAAUCACAAUCACGAGGAGUCGCAGGCGUCUAGUAUGCCAGUCUUUGCCGCAAUACACGCCAUCCAGGGCAAAUCGGGACGGUGGCCGCGGCCGUCCCUGAAGUUCUAUGAACGUAUCGAGAGCUUGACCACUAAGGGCUGGAUGCCUGGCCCACAGUGGUUUCUCAAAAGCCGUCUACCGAAGAGCUUGGCGGAUAUCGCUCCCUUCCGCCAUCGCCCUGUAGAUGGAGAUCUUUAUGCUGCCGACGUCGCCUUCGAAAAUCAGGUGAAGGCUUGUAGAAGGUGGGAGCACAGUCCGGACACCAAGCGUCUCAUUAUGCUCGGGACUAUCGCGCCAGAGUACUUCUUUAUCAAUCAUGAAAUGCAGCGGCCAGUCGAGUGGCAACCCCAAGCUCUCGAAUGGCACCCUGAAAACCACCUGAACCUGGAGGAUGACACCGCCGAGCGUCAUCGUGUCCCGUCAGUCGACAAGAGACGUCCUGGACCCAAGAUUAACAGGAAACCCCCGAAGCGGCGCAGGUUGGACUCGACGGGCUCGCAGUCUCCCCCGCCGAGCGACCUCGUACCACAGAUUGACCUGACGACGAGGAAGUUGAUGUCUUGGAAACGGAGUCUGCCCACCGAGGCUGAUGUUCUCUUGUCCGAUCAGGUGCUUGAUGGGGAGGACGACGUUUUGCUCCUCGCAGCUUUCGUCGCAACGAGGACGCUGCUCGGCGGUGCCGACAAGUACAUCGAAUGGGGAUUGUUGAUGAAGCUGUUCCCCCAAAAGUCUCUUGCUUUCUUGCGCAAGUUCUGGAGCAAAGCACGUAAGGAUCGACCGGCCUCGCUUCGUCAGAUCACCGAGCGCUUCCAGAGACGUUUCAUCCCAGCCUACGAAAGGGGCGAAAUAGCUCCCAUCAACUUCGACGACUACGAGGAUUAUGACUGGGCCAGCCUGAUCCGUUGGACGGCCGCCCUCGUUGAUGACACCAUUUCGCUCCCCCCGACUCGGGAGGAGCUGAUUCGGUACUAUUCCCUCGAUUCUACCAUGGCGGACCCCAACGACUGGCAAGAAGAGUAUUACAGUGCCACGUCGUCCCUUUUCAGCAGGCUGGAGGCGUUGACCUCAAAGCCGGCCGUCAUGUGCGUCGACGAACCACAAAAAGCAGGGCCGGAAUGCGAUGACGAAUUGGUCCGCGCGAAGUCCUGGGUGCGUGCCCUCUGCUACACACCAGUGGGCCGGGCAGACGAAACGAGAGACAAGAUGGCCGGAGUCACGGACCGAGGCGAGGAAUACAACAACAGCCUCCUCGAAAGAGCCGUAGCCGCGCUGCAAUAUCAGAGCAUCAUCACGCGCACGAAGAAAAGCAAGAGCGAGCACCGUCCAUACCGGCUGACCGAGGUGUAUCUUCCCAGAUUGCUGAAGAUGAGCAACGUGCAGAAGUUCAUGGAAGCGGCCAACUUCAAAGCCAAGCUGGACGCCAAGUUUCGUCGGAACGAAAAUGUACGAAUCCCGUACGUUCUGAAAGACGGCGAGGUCAUGGCCAUGAUCAACCUCCAAGCCCACGGGCGUGUGAUCAUCACCCCCGUCGACGUACCUCACAUCCCCCUCGGGUUCAAGCCCGGCGUGUACGAGAGCCGCAAGUUCCCCAAAUCAUUCUACAACUUCGGCCUCGAGAUCAGCCCGGCCGCUACGUACCUCUAUGACGAAGACCUCGCCCCCCUCCGGGAGGCCGAAGUGAACCACCCACCCCUGAAGAACCGCGACGGAGCCAUCCCCAUUUGGUGCGACUUCCUCGAGCACAUGAAGUGGGAGCGCUGGGCGCAGGUCCUCGGUGCCGUCACUUUCGCGGUCGCUAUGCGCGGCCCGCUGGACAUUGGCGGCGCGGUAUUUGCGCUGCGACCAUAUCUUGAGGAGUUCGAGGUUCAAAUGGCCCUUGACUGGGGGUUGCAGCAUGAGGUAUUUGAGAGGACGGGGUCCGGCAGCUAUACGGCGGCCGAGUGGUGGUGGCUUGUCGUUGGCAGGCAGGUUGAGAUGGCCAGGAAGGGCGGGAUUAGCAAGGAGGUCGACGAGCAGGAGAGUGAAGAGAGCGAGUUGGAUGAUAGUGAGAUUGAGAGCGGGGGAGGGGAGUGA